AAACCAUUUUUCAGUAUCUCUCGGUUGCAUCUCUCUCUCUCUCUCUCUCCGCCUCCAUGCCGGUCGCCGGCAAAAUUUUCACAGGGGAAUAGUUUCCGGCAGGUCACUGAAGUGACCCGUGAUAACGAGAUCCGAAUCGAUCCAUCGGAGGUUUUGGAUGAUUCUGGUUGCAAUCGAAGAGAAACGAGGCGAUACAUGCAUCGGCGUUCCGUCAAUUCGGUAAUGACUCUUGGGUUGUCGGGUUCUACAUUGGUGGUUGGAUUUUGAAUCCCGAAUUCAAUUUGGUUGUCGAACUGUUUGGUUCGAAGAUCCGAUUUUUGUGCAAGGGUUCCUGAUUUCCAGCCGCACGUCGAAGUUGGAGCUCUCCGGUUGGGUUAAAGAUCGAAAUGGGUGUUAUUAGUUUGAUUGAUUGAAUUGAUGGGCACAAUAAACAAAUGGAGGUUGUUUGGGGGCAAAGAUCGGAAUCUGUUUUCGGGAUACUGGGACAAAGUUGCUGACGGGAACAGGUGUUUGGUACUAGAAUCUUGACAAUUUUUUCUUGAUUCAGAUUUGUUUUCGCUUUUCUUUGUUUGGGGAAUUUCAAUUUACAGAAACUUGGUUUAACAAUCAUGGUUAUGGAGCGUUCUUCCGAGGAUAUAGUGGAGGAUGGAAAUGGAACAGAAGUUUCUGUCUCUGUUGUGAAGGCCAGGGCGGGAGUGAACGAUGGUCGUGUUCGGUUGGGAUCAAGUGACUCGCUUCUCCCGGGUCUCAUCGAUGAUGUAGCUCUGAAUUGUCUUGCUUGGGUUCCGAGAUCCGACUACCCUUCGCUAUCGUGUGUAAACAAGAAGUACAACAGGUUGAUCCAAGGUGAUUAUUUGUUUGGUUUGAAGAAGCAAUUGGGUAUAGUCGAGCAUUUUGUAUUUAUGGUUUGUGACCCGAGAGGGUGGUUGGCAUUUUCUCCCGAAAAGAAGAAAUGGAUGGUGCUGCCUAAGAUGCCUUGUGACGAGUGCUUCAACCAUGCGGAUAAAGAGUCGUUAGCGGUUGGUGACGAACUUUUGGUUUUCGGGAGAGAGUUAUUCGACUUUGCCAUUUGGAAGUACAGCUUGAAGUUUCUUAGUUGGAUCAAGUGUGAAGGAAUGCACAGGCCUCGUUGCUUGUUUGCCUCGGGAAGCCUUGGUUCAAUAGCCAUUGUUGCUGGAGGAACCGACAAGAACGGUAACAUACUGGCUUCAGCCGAGCUUUAUGAUUCUUCGACGGGCAGAUGGGAGAUGUUGCCGAACAUGCACUCGCCUCGUAGGCUGUGCUCCGGGUUUUUCAUGGACGGGAAAUUCUAUUUGAUCGGCGGGAUGUCGAGCCCGACAGACUCGCUGAGUUGUGGGGAGGAAUUUGAUCUGGAGAAGAGGAAGUGGAGGAAGAUAGAGGGGAUGUACCCUAACAUGAACAGAGCAGCUCAGGCUCCACCUCUAGUUGCAGUGGUGAACAACGAGCUAUUCACUCUCGAGUAUAACACCAACAUGGUGAAGAAGUACGACAAAGGGAAGAACACGUGGAACGUGAUGGGAAGGCUUCCGCCAUUGGCAGACUCGUCAAACGGAUGGGGUCUGGCAUUCAAACCGUGCGGGGACGAGCUGUUGGUGGUGGGCGGGCAGAGAGGUCCUCAAGGGGAAGGCAUAGUGGUGAACUCGUGGUUGCCCGAGUCUAGAACGGAGGACGGAAACUUGGACUGGAAAAUUCUCGGGGUGAAGGAAAACGUCGGCGUGUUUGUGUAUAACUGCGCGGUUAUGGGCUGUUAACGAGUUUCGGUAAUCUUUUCGGGUUAGUUCAUUCUCAUUCUCAUUCUCAUCUCAUAUUUUCUCUUUGUCAGUGUCUCUAACUCGCUGUUGUAUGUUCUUGUUUCUGUCCUUUUGUCCUGUGUUGGGAUAUAUGCUUUGUGUUCUGCAAUUUGCUUAUUCUUCUUCUUUGGGGGGAAUUCAUCAUUUAUCUGAAUAAAGAAAGAUGGAUUUUUUUUUAAUUUUUUGUUUUGUGAUUGUGAGUUCUUCCUUCAUGUGAAAGAAGUGAAAGCAAUAGCCCGUUCUUUGGCUUUUAA